AUGGGGUCGACCGGGGCCUACAACACACUACGGAGGUUGACUUCGCCUUCAAUAAAUUUUCGGUUUCAAAGUAUUAUACCGCCAGCACCACCACCAUUAAAUCGAGAUUCAUCCGAAUCUAGGCCUUCGUCACUUUACUCUGGUUAUGGUAGGGAUAAAAAUUGAAUAUUUUUAAAAUUUUUAUGAUAAUUUUGGAAAUUAUUGUAAAAUACGGUGUAUUGUAAAUGGGAUGCAAUUAUAAGACAAAAGUGGACAGUAAUUUUUGUAAAAUUUAAAGUUUGUUUUGGGUCUCACCACGAAAACUUUAAAAAUAGAAAGUAAGGCGGAAGAAAGAGAAAAAUGUAAAAUCUAUUCUUAAAAUGACUUUUUUAAUAACAAUGUUGCUUUUCUGUCAUUUUUUAAAUAUUUAAUCUUAGAUCUCGGGUCCCGCCACGAAAACCUGAAAUAUGCAAAAAUGUCUAUUAAAAUCGAAAAAAAUGUCAGAUUCGUACUAGAAUCCGUCCCUCAAAAACAAAUGUACAAGCAUUAUGUCAAUAAUUUAUUUAGCAGACACAUUGCGAACGUUUGUUUCUCUUGCUGACAGCUGGUUUUCUGACCAUUUCACAAUUUUUGGGGAUUUAUUGUUGUCCCAAUCGAGUGAUGGAUUACAAUCAGAGACAGGGCUUUAGGUCAAAACAAUUCAGCAGGGUUUCAAAAUGUUCGAAAAACAAAUUAGUCUGGUAUGGGGGUGGUUUUGAAGUUUUUGGCGUUGAUAGUUGGUCAUUAUGAAGAGGAUGACACACUAUUGAAGUUCAUACAUGUAUAAAGAAGAUUCACGGAAAUUAAAAUAAAUUUAUUAGGUUGUUCAAAUAAUUAUGGGCUUUAUAGUCCAGAAAAUUUGUUUUGAGAAGGGCACAGAAUUAUUUGAAAAAUUUAAUACAACAUACUUUAGGCCCAAAAAAUUGAUAUUAUUAAUGUUUUUACAGUAAUGCUAAGAAGGCAGGUUAAAAAAUAAAAAUUGAUUACAUGCCAUUUGUAAAGCAUAGAAAAGUGUAUAUUUUAACAAAGUUUUGCUACUAUACCUACUAUGGUAAAAGAGUUACAAGCUUUUAAAGUUCAAAAAACGCUAUGUUUCCAAGCUGGAUCGAACAUUUUCAGAUUUUAAACAUAUUUAAUAAAGCAUAACUUUUUUUAAAAUCUAGAUUAGAGCAUGACACUGUAGGUUUACAUACUAUUUUUCAUGCUUUAUAAAAGGCACGUAUUGGAUUUUUGAAAAAGAUUGCAAAAAUGACAAAAAAUUGCUUUAAAAAUAAUAGUAAUCAUUGAAAAAGAAAAAUAAAAAAAAUUUUUUUUUAGAAAUACAGUUCAAAAAUGGAUUUUGAAAAUAAUUUUUUGGCGUUAAAAAUUUUUAUUUUUCAGAAAAUGUAAGCCGAGUAAAAUGGGAAGAGUUCCCACUGCACCGUGAUGUUGAGGAAGGUGAAAGUAACGAUGGAACGUCGAGUGGGCCUACAUCGUUUAUUGAAAAGAUAGUCAAAGUAUGUCAAUUCUUUUGAGUUUUUAUUCUUUUGGCUUUAAUUUAAAAUAUUUUUCAAAUUUUUUUUGUAUUUUUAAAUAAAAAUUUUUUUUGAAAUUUUAAAAUUUCACAAAUGUAAGAAAAUUACAAAGAAAAAACUUUCAGACCCUAAAAAUCCUAGCUCCACACGUUGGCCUGAACAUAUUACUCUUCACAUACAUCGGCUUCGGUGCCGGUAUGUUCAUAUUCCUGGAGGCGGACAACGAAUUGGAGAAACGGAAAGGAAAACUCACGGAAAUACUGGCCAUUUACAGAAGCAUUAUCAACGAAACCUACACCAUGUGUGCGGGACAUACCAAUAUAUCAAAUGUGAGGAUUUUGGGCUAUUUUGAAAUUUAAAAAUUUUUGAAAAAUUUUAAAAAUCAAGGAAGAUAUGGCACUUUUUCUGGUUUUGCAGUUGUUUUUUGGGCCUUUUUGGCUGUUUUUUCGUUUUUUGUUGGUUUUUUUUCCACUUUUAGAUUAGUCUUUUACAAUGUAGGUAACUUUACAUUAUAUUACUUUAGAUAAAAAGCCAUUUACAACCUUUUCUGACUUUAAAAAACUAAAAAACCUAUAACAAUAUACCGAAUUUUCUCUUUUUAAACCAUUUUCUCCACUUUUUUACCCAUUUUCCCACUUUUUCCAACAAUUUUUUCCACUUUUCUUACUAUCAUCAACAACAUCCUUCCAGGUAGAACGCCGUCUCCGGCCCUUACUAUCAGUACUAUCACGUACUCACGAGUACGACGACAAAUUCACGUGGGAAGAGCAGAUGUGGACUGAUAACGAGGAACGACUCUCAACCAAAUGGACCUUUGCUGCCGCCACUUUAUAUGCAUUGACAGUGAUAACUUCGACCGGAUACGAUCAUUUGUCGCCAUUAACGGACCUUGGUCGUAUCUUCACCGUGCUUUACGGGUUGAUCGGGAUUCCUUUGAUGUUCAUCACGGCCGCUGACAUCGGAAAGUUUUUGUCGGAUUUGGUGAUAAGGGGUUAUGCCAAGUGUUUGGCUGUGUAUGAAUGGAUUGGCAAGGUGUGGGAAGCCAUGAGGAAUUAUAUUAUGGAUGUGGACGAUGAUUCUAUUGAUUCUAGGUAAGGUAAUCGACCACAAUUGAAAGUUGGUUGAUUUUAUUAGGUCGUUCAAAAAAUUCUGCGCUUCUCUCAAAGCAAAUUUUUGUUAUUAGAGGGCUCAGAAUUAUUUGAAAAACGUCAUAGUAAAACAAAAUUUUACAUUUUAGGUAACAAAAUCAAGUUUUUGAUAUUUCGAUAAUCUAAAAUAAUAUCUUUCAGGAAAUAUCAUGAAAGAAGGAAACGAAAUCGGAAUCCAGAAGAUGAUGAAGACGAAGAAGAAAGGUUACAACUUCCGAUAGUCAGCUACUUUGCUUUGGUAGUUAGUUACUGUUCGUUAGGGUCAUUGUUGUUCAACUGGUGGGAAAAGGGUCCUAUAUGGUAAGUUUUUCAUUGUAAAAUACGACAAUCCUGAUACUACUCUAUUUUUUCCAAAAAAAGAUACUAAAUAGAAUGACACAAAAGUCUUCUCGUUUUUGAGCGUGCAAGACAGUGUAAAUUGACGACAAGACUUUCUUGACAUGAAAGUUUUGACAAGAUUAAUUACUAUUAGAUUGUUCAAAUAACUCUGUGCCCCUUAUUCCCAAAUUUUUUUUUGAGAAGGGGCACAGAACUAUUUGGACAACCUACUACAACAUGCUUCAGGUCUUUCAUUCACGGCUUGUUCUUCUCCUUCAACACAAUAACAACAAUAUCUUUGGGUAAUAUUUGUGUGCGCAACAAAAUCUACCUCGUUUUCGUCGUCGUAUAUGUGAUUAUUGGGUUGGCGGUGGUUACUGCCAGUUUGGAUCUGUGUAGUAGCACAUUGAAGCGCACAUUCACAAAACUCCACUACUUCGGGCGUAAAAUACGAGGUGCGAGGCGUGGAUUCGCCAAUGUUAGUGAUGAUAUUCGUGAAGCCAUGAAGAUCAUGGCCGCUUUGAAGAAGACACGGUAAGGAUUUGCUAUUGGGUUUGGUAGGGCAGGGUAAAUAAAGACGGUUCAGGAUAAGGUAGGUAGUGCAGAGUAAAGUAGGGUAAGAUAGAGUAGGGUAGAGUAAGGUAGAAGAGUGUAGGAUAAAGUAUGAUAUUGUAGAAAAGGGUAGUGUAUUGUAAGAUAGGGUAGAGAAGGUUAGGGUAAGGGAAGGUAGAAUAAGAGCAAAAUUGGUAAGGUAUAGUAGCCGUGUAGGCUACAGUAAGAUCAACCAAGACUAGGAUAACAUUGUAAUACAAUUUUAAUUUCUCCACCUUCAGACCAAGUAAAGAAAGAAUAACAUUGGAAGACUUGAAACGCUUUUUGGAAGUACAGGAACAAUUGCUACGACAACCCUAUGUACCUUAUAAUGUUCAUAUCUUCAAAUGGAUCGAAGAUGCGGUAAGAAGCUUUGUUUUUAUGGUAAAAUACGUACAAUAAUACUCAAAAUUAAAAAAAACUAAAAAUUUGUUACAGUACGCCCAAUACCAAUCGGAAACCGGGUCAUUGUCAUCGAAGUCUCUACACAAAGCCUCGUCGUCGCGUUCCAACAAUGACGCAUUCAUCUUAUUUUAG